UUCCAGGCUAAUCUGUGGUGGUCAUUCAGUUUCAUCAGAGUUAGCAAUUGUGCCCAAGCAUCUCCGAGAAGUAGGUUGCGUCAGCGCUACACUGUAUUUGCUUGUUUGAUGGAGGCUUAUGGAAGAACGAUGAACUACAAUGGAGCAUGGGGGAUCAAAGAUAACCCAGUUUGUGCCCUGUGGUUCCUACAAAUCAACCCCUGGUUCCAUUUUUUGCGCUUUAGCUGCCAUCGCCAAACUCAGCUUGUAACAGAUGUUGUUCUGCUAGUGCUGUUAUCAGCAUUCCCACCCGGCCUUGUGCACGUUGGAGCAGCUUGGGCGGCUCCAUCGAGGCCACUGCAAGGAUGGUUGUGAGCUGCUCUGCUUAUUGAUUGGAUCAUAUUAUUAGCGAACAAUGGGAGAUCAAAUGCUCAGGAUGAGCUACAGCUCAGCUGUGUUAUUGAAAGGGAACCUGCUGUGAUGAUGCCGCAGAUGCUGGUACUGGUAGGGCCACCUUCUUCCUGAGGAGCCAAUAAAGUCGAAUCAAAGAAGGUCAUGAAGAAAGGGAAACGAGUGAGUCGUGUUCUGUUGGACUGUUGAACUGAGAGCUUUGUGAUUAGAGAUGCUAUUUCCAAGUGCCUGCCUUGAGGAUGCAGCAGGUACUGGGGAGAACAAAUCCAGUUUAUACUGUGAGGCAGCUGCCAUUUGUGGAUGCAGGUGUUGAAAAGUCAAAUCCUGUGUUGCCUGUGUUAUACGUGUGGCGGGAAGUGUUUUGAUGGCGGGCAGAGCGUCGGUGUGCCUCAGCGGCAGUCACCGCUCGACCUGAAGACCACAGGCCGACAGCGUGCACCGCCAUGUCGCCCCGAAGUGUCCCCCCGUGCUGCGUUGCAAGUGAGGAAGAAAGGCACGAUGGUGGCCGACAAGAAGACCAGGCUGAGCACAGCCAGGGAGGAGCUCAAUGAAGAGAAACCUCAACGGGAGAACAAGUCGAUGGAUGCCUUUGAAGUAGUAUCGAGGGAAGAGGAGAAAAUGACAGCCAUUGAGAGAAGAAACGAUGAUGAGGACGACGCGGCGAUCGCUGCAGAGGAAGAGGAAAAGGAGAGCAAAGCAGUGGCGGUGCUUCCUGUGAGCCCGGUGGUAGACCACCUAAAGGUCAAGCUGUUGGAGAAGGAGAAGGAAGCGGAGAUUCUCGUGGUAGAGAAUGCGAUCUUGAAGACGAACGCCGAGGCGGAGGCGAAGAAGAUGGCGGGCGCAGCACGGGCAAAGGAAGCGGAGCUCAUGGCGAAGCUGGAGUCGACGGAGGAGGAGCUCAAAGCGAGCAGAGCCAAAGCGGACCGGCUGGCGGAGCAGCUGGAGGCGGCGGAGGGGGCGAAGGCGGCGCUGGAGGCGGAGAUGAGGCGGCUGAGGGCGCAGACGGAGCAGUGGCGGAAGGCGGCGGAGGCGGGCGCCGCGGCGCUGGACGAGGAGGGGAGAAGCUGCGGGUCGAUGGACAGGCGCCUCGAGGCCUGGCACGUCGGUUGGGGGUCGCCACUGAUGGCAGGGGACAUGGACGACGACGGUGCUGGCGGGGCGGCGUGCGGCGGGAUAAUGAAGGGAGGCGGAGUUUGGACGGUGGUAGACAUUUGGAAGAAGAAGAAGAAGGGGGGACAGCAGCAAUGAAGCACGAGAGGGAAGAGGAGGGAGUGACUGCAUGGCUCAUCAUCACGGCGCCUUUUGCAUUCGUCUCCAUGUUGGUUGCAAAUUACUGCGUUUAAGUGUGUUCUGUUUUAUUACCCUCUCCUUUUGGACACUUAAAAACUACAAUGAUCAGAUCGAAGACUAAUGUAAGGCUGCAUACGAUCAACAAUAU